GGGUUUCAUGCAAACAGUGCCAUUUAAAAUAUUUAGUUCCUUUGAUAUUGAGACAUUUUUUUAAAGUUAAUCUGAUAAUCCUUGUCAAAAGUGCAAUUUAUUAUUAAAAAGUGCCCUUCGAAAAUAAUAAAAGCCUUAAAACAUAGAAAGCACUAAUUAAAAGAGCGAAUUGAUACGGCAAAAAGUGAUUUUUACUUGAAGCUGAGAUUUGUGAUUGAUUUUUUUUUCUUUUGACUGAAAGUGUGGAAAUUCUUACUCAGCAAAAUAUUGCUACAACUAAUAACAUAAAUCAUCCUUCCAUUCUUUAAAAGCAUACUUUCAUAAAAUACGCAGAAUGGAUACAGAUGAUAUCGAAACGUCAACGAGUAGUACCAUGUCGAGUUUGAACAGCUUGUUCUCGUUCACAAGUCCUGCAGUUAAGAAGCUUUUAGGAUGGAAGCAAGGCGACGAAGAAGAAAAAUGGGCUGAGAAAGCAGUUGAUAGUUUAGUGAAAAAAUUAAAGAAGCGGAAAGGUGCUAUAGAAGAUUUAGAACGAGCUUUGUCUUGUCCUGGACAACCUUCAAAAUGCGUCACAAUUCCGAGAUCUCUUGACGGUCGUUUGCAAGUGUCACAUCGUAAAGGCUUACCACAUGUUAUUUAUUGUCGCGUUUGGCGUUGGCCCGACCUUCAAAGCCAUCAUGAACUCAAACCUAUUGAAUCAUGUCAGUUUCCAUUCAGUGCAAAACAGAAAGAAGUUUGUAUCAAUCCUUAUCAUUAUAAGCGUGUUGAGAGUCCCGUUUUACCGCCAGUUUUGGUGCCACGUCAUUCAGAAUUUGCUCCUGGACAUUCACUCUUGCCAAUACAUCAAUUGGUUGAACCUUCAAUGCCACACAAUGUUCAAUAUUCAACAACUGGCUUCACAUCGCCACACAUGGGACCUCAAAGUCCACUCUCGCCACACAAUUUGGCACCACAAUCACCAAUGUCAUCGAUCUCGAGUCCUGGACCGGUUCAUUCGAAUCCUCAAAGUCCAUAUUCAACUGGAACUCCACCACCAGCUUACACUCCACCCGAAGAUGGAAAUGGCAAUGCAAAUGGAAGUCAAGAUCAGGCAAUGGAUACGAACAUGGUUGAGCCGGUGAGUUAUCAAGAGCCGCCAUAUUGGGCUAGUAUCGCGUAUUACGAGCUCAACUGUCGUGUCGGUGAAGUUUUCCAUUGCAAUUCAACAUCAAUCAUUGUGGAUGGAUUUACAAACCCUUCGAACAAUUCAGAUCGCUUUUGCUUGGGACAAUUGAGUAAUGUUAACCGUAACAGUACGAUUGAGAACACGCGACGUCAUAUCGGGAAAGGCGUUCAUUUGUAUUAUGUUGGUGGCGAGGUUUAUGCUGAAUGCUUAUCAGACUCGGCAAUCUUCGUUCAAUCUAGAAACUGUAAUCAUCAUCAUAGUUUCCAUCCGAGUACGGUUUGUAAAAUACCGCCAGGUUGUUCAUUGAAAAUCUUCAACAAUUCAGAGUUCGCUCAACUCUUAUCGCAAUCUGUGAAUCAUGGCUUUGAAGCUGUUUAUGAGCUAACAAAAAUGUGCACAAUUCGAAUGAGUUUUGUGAAGGGAUGGGGAGCUGAAUACCACAGACAAGAUGUUACUUCAACGCCAUGUUGGAUUGAGAUUCAUCUUCAUGGUCCGCUUCAAUGGUUGGAUAAAGUUCUCAUUCAAAUGGGCAGUCCACAUAAUGCCAUCAGUUCGGUCUCAUAAAGAAACUUUUUUAUUCAAGCGUUGAUUGACAUUAAAGAAAGAAUUCAUUUUGAUUUUAAGGCAGCAUGGUUUAAUAAAUAAUUAAAUAAAUAAACGCAGUCAAAAUUCUAUAUAACAACAACAACAUAAAUCUCUAAAAUGUGAACAAUAAUUCAAACUUUAAUCCGAACCAAACAUAAAUUCAAAUUUAUUGCGUAGUCUGCACUCCCGUGAACAAUAACAGCAUCGAUUAUGAUAUAUACAAAUUGUGCUAUAUAGAAGUUUGACUGUACAUACUGUAAGCCUUGAUAUAAAAUUUAUAUUAAAUGUAAGAUACUUACGAUAAGAAAUUCUUCAGACAUUGAUUGUUCAUUUGAGUUUUUUUUUAUGAAUUAUGUUUCAAUUUAAAAUGACGAUAAAGAGAGAAAAAUUUAGACAAUUUUCAAAAUAUUUAGAAGAAAUUUAAUGUUUUUUAAAA